ACCAGUGCGCGUGGUUCAACCUGUCGCGCCUCUCCGGUUCUCUCUCGCGGAGAAGCGAUCGAAGUGUAGUGUUCACCUAGGAUCGAACGAAUUGAGUAAUAAUGACAAUGCGGUGCCGGACAUCGUCGAUCAUCGUUACAAUCGCGCUUCUGGUCGUCUUGCUGAACAGUGCAAUCGCCAUUAGUGAUAAGCUGCAGAUAGCCUACCAAUGGAAGCAAAUCGAUUAUGAAUGGCCGAGCAAUGAUAUUAAGAGGCUUUUCCCAGAUUACAAGCAGGAGGAUAAUCUGCCCUUAGGUUUGGAAGUGGCCGGCGAUCGGCUAUUCAUCACAGUGCCUAGAUGGAGACAAGGGGUUGCCGCAAGUCUCAAUUAUAUUAAACUUAACAGCACGAACGAUUCACCACCUCUAAUUCCGUAUCCUUCCUGGGAGGCUCAUCAGUAUGGCGCCGCCGGCGUGCCAGAAAUCGUUUCGACAUUUCGCGUGCGCGCUGAUCGUUGUAACCGGCUCUGGGUCCUGGACACAGGACUGACGGAUAUCCUGGGUAGCCCUGAGCAGCAGGCGCCGCCGGCGUUGAUCGUCUACGACCUGAUGACUGAUCGCGUGCUGCGUAAAUACAUGAUACCGUCCGACCAAAGGACCACUGAUUCCUUGUUCGCCAACAUCGCUGUUGAGGAUUACUCAUGUGAGGACUCGUACGGUUACCUGGGCGAUCUUGGCGGCCCGGGUCUCGUUGUCUACUCCUGGAGUCUCCGCAAAUCUUGGCUUGUCAAGCACCACUCUUUCCACCCGGAUCCGAUGGGCGGAGAAUUCAAAGUGUCAGGAAUAUCGUUUCAAUGGAAUGAUGGCCUGUUUGGGAUGGCUCUCGCACCAACUGGUGAUGGUUAUAGCAUCAUGUACUACCAUCCACUCUCCAGUGGCAUGGAAUUCUCCGUUAGUACAAGAUUAUUACGCGAUACUCAACGUGCCAGUGCUGCGGAAACGUCUCACGAAUUCCAAACGCUGGGCUCGCGCGGAUCUAAUGGCCAGAGCAGCGUCAGCUUCCUAGAUCCGAAGACUGGAGUUCUUUUUUACGCGCUAACGAAUCUAAACACAAUCGCCUGUUGGAGACCGCAAAAUAAAUUUUCCGUACAGCAACAGGGCUAUGUUUAUCAGAAUAAUAUCACCAUGAUUUUCCCCAACGAUCUUAAGAUCGAUCAGAAUGGCAACUUGUGGAUUCUCUCCGACAGAUUGCCCAUCUUCAUGUACUCGCAAUUGGACCUACGUGAUUAUAACUUUAGGAUACUUAUGGGAUCAACUGAGCAACUCAUUAUGGGCACAGUUUGCGAUUCAACGUAUACCACGACGACGAUAUACAAUCAUAGAGAUCACAUGGAUCACAUGGAUCACAUGGAUCAUAUGGAUCACAUCAAUCGUAUUGAUCACAAAGAUCACACGAUGAGCUUGACGCCCAGAAUCGGGAAUUUUGCCAGUUUCAUGAAGAUAGAGAUCGCGACAGUGUUGUUACUAACAUGCCUCAGUAAAGCUCUCAUUUGAGGAACAGUUUUCCAAAAAUUUGGAUUGAAAAAUAAAAAUAGUAGAAUUAAAGAUAAGAUACGAAUAAAAUUAAAAACAAAUGUAGAUAGAAGUAGAAAAGAAGAGUGGAUAAGGGAGAAAAAGAAAAAUAUGGAGUAUUCAUUUUUUUAUAUUAACAUUAUUUGCUCGAUAAAAUGAUUUCUGUAAUUUAGAAUAAUCUUCAAUGAAGUAAAGUAUUGAUGGAACGAAAUUUGAUCAAUAAUAUAGAAUUAUCUUUUGUUAUAUAUAAAAAUUAUAAAUAUUUAUUUAAUCGUUAUAAAAUUAGAGUUAUUAAUAAUUCUAUUGUUGAAAACUUAUUUAUUAUCCUAUAUAAUUGCUUUAUUCGAGCCAAUUUUGUAAAAGUCCAAGAAAUAGCGUAUUAGUAAUCAUUGUAAUAAUCCUACAUAAUUAUAAUAUUUUUACUUUACUACUAUAAAUUUAUUACUAUAAAUUUUACUUUACUAUUAUAAAUGUAUAUGUAUUUUUAAAAGAGUGUGGAUUGCAGUAAAAAGAAAAAUACGCUAACAAAAAUUGGUAUAAAUUAUUUAGAUAGCGAUUUAAUGAAUAAUCAACCGAUAAUAAUUGCGUAAUUGGAUUGCACAUCUCCAUGUGCACAAUACAAGCGUUUUUUGAUUGAGAUGUUUGUUUCUUCGUUUAUUUAUAUUUCGAGGAAACAUUUCUCCUUUUUGUCGAAUAUAUUAUUGUUAUCUGAAGCUAAAAUUGCCAUGUUUACAUGUCAAAUGUAAUAGAAUAUAUAUGAAAAAAAAGAAAUAUUUUCAA